AUUCAACAACUGAAGCUUCUUUCAGAGAGAGAGAGAGAGUGAUGAGAAAUUAAAUCUUGAGUUUUCACGGGUAGGUUUCUUUAGCUUAGCGGAAUGACAAUGGAGAGCACUGCAGAUGCACACAGGGUUAGCAGUGCGCGUAUUAGCAGCUCGAACAUAUGGAGGAGCAGUGACAGAGAUAUUUUCCCGAGGUCCUCUAGGGAAGAAGACGAUGAAGAAGCACUGAAAUGGGCUGCAAUUGAGAAGCUGCCGACGUAUCUUAGGAUUACCAGAAGUAUACUGAACGAAGAGGGCAAGCCGAGGGAGAUUGACGUCAAGAAUCUUGGAUUUUUGGAUAGAAAGAAUCUGUUGGAAAGGCUGGUGAGUAUUGCGGAGGAAGAUAAUGAGAAGUUCUUGUUGAAGCUCAAGGACAGGAUUGACCGAGUUGGACUGAAGCUUCCAACCAUCGAAGUCCGAUUUGAGCAUUUGAAUGUUGAUGCUGAAGCUUAUGUUGGCAGUCGAGCAUUGCCAACGAUACUCAACUUCACUAUCAAUAUGUUAGAGGGGUCCUUAAACUACCUCCAUAUUCUUCCAAGCAGAAAAAAGCAACUGCCAGUCCUUCAUGAUGUCAGUGGAAUAAUCAAGCCUGGAAGAAUGACAUUGCUUUUAGGCCCACCGGGCUCUGGGAAAACCACAUUACUUCUAGCUUUGGCUGGAAAACUUGGUUCAGAUCUAAAAGUUUCAGGAAGGGUAACAUACAAUGGUCAUGAAAUGGACGAAUUUGUUCCACAGAGGACAUCGGCUUACAUAAGUCAGUAUGAUCUUCAUAUUCCAGAAUUGACUGUGAGAGAAACAUUAGCAUUCUCAGCAAGAUGUCAAGGAGUCGGGCCUCAAUAUGAAAUGUUAGCAGAAUUGUCUAGGAGGGAAAAGGAAGCAAACAUCAAGCCUGAUCCAGAUAUUGAUGUAUACAUGAAGGCUGCGUCCCUAGAAGGACAGGAGGCCAGUGUGGUCACUGACUAUGUACUUAAGAUUUUGGGGCUGGAAGUUUGCGCAGAUACCUUGGUGGGUGAUGAAAAUGUGCGAGGCAUUUCUGGUGGGCAGAAAAAGCGAGUCACUACAGGGGAGAUGCUGGUCGGACCAGCAAGAGCACUCUUCAUGGAUGAGAUUUCAACUGGCUUGGACAGUUCCACAACUUUCCAGAUUGUGAAUUCACUCAGGCAGUCCAUUCACAUCCUUCAAGGGACAGCGAUAAUCUCUCUGCUCCAGCCAGCACCAGAAACUUAUGAUCUAUUUGAUGACAUAAUUCUCCUAUCAGAUGGGCAAAUUGUGUAUCAAGGCCCCCGAAAUAGCGUUCUAGAAUUCUUCGAAUACAUGGGAUUCAAAUGUCCUGAGAGGAAAGGCGUUGCUGACUUUCUACAAGAAGUGACAUCAAGAAAAGAACAAGAACAGUACUGGGUAAACAGAGAUGCGCCUUACAGUUUUGUUACUGUCAAGGAAUUUGCAGAAGCAUUUCAGUCCUUCCAUGUAGGUCGGAAACGAGGUGAUGAGCUUGCCGUUCCAUUUGACAAAGCUAAGAGCCACCCAUCUGCUUUAACAACCAAGAAGUACGGCAUUAACAAGAAGGAAUUGCUGAAAGCUUGUACAUCAAGAGAGUACUUGCUCAUGAAGAGGAACUCAUUCUUCUACAUAUUCAGGAUGGUGCAACUUAUUCUUAUGGCAUUUAUAUCAAUGACAGUAUUUCUGAGAACUGAGAUGCCUAAGAAAACAUUAGAAGAUGGAGGAAUUUACAUGGGGGCCUUGUUCUUCACUCUCACUGCCAUUAUGUUUAACGGGUUUUCAGAACUUGCCUUGAGCAUCAUGAAACUUCCUGUUUUUUACAAGCAAAGGGACUUUCUCUUCUUUCCUGCUUGGGCAUACUCUUUGCCCACAAUGAUUCUCAAGAUCCCAGUCUCAUUUGUAGAAGUUGGUCUAUGGGUUUUUCUGGCUUAUUAUGUCAUAGGCUUUGAUCCAGAUACUGGAAGGUUUUUCAAACAAUACUUUCUGCUCAUAUGUGUUAACCAGAUGUCUUCUGGGCUCUUCCGAUUCAUCGGGGCAUUGGGAAGAAAUAUUAUCGUGGCAAACACAUUUGGAUCAUAUGCAUUACUCACUGUUUUUGCUUUAGGUGGAUUUAUCUUGUCAAGAGUCGAUGUAAAGAAAUGGUGGAUAUGGGGUUACUGGUUCUCUCCUAUGAUGUAUGGGCAAAAUGCUCUAGCAGUGAACGAAUAUCUUGGCAAUAGUUGGAGAUCUAUCCCUCCUAAUUCAACAGAACCACUAGGAGUGCAAGUGUUGAGGUCCCGCGGGAUUUUUCCAGAAGCUUAUUGGUAUUGGCUUGGAGUGGGAGUUACAAUUGGAUACUUUUUCCUAUUCAAUUUCCUUUUCACGUUGGCUCUAGCUUAUCUCAACCCAUUUGGCAAGACUCAGCCAGUUCUUUCCGAGGAAACCUUAGCUGAAAGAAUUGCUAGCAAAACUGGAGAGCCAAUUGAGUUAUCAUCAAGAGGAAUGAUCCCUUCAGAAAAGGGAAAUGCAGUAGGAAGAAGUGCGUCAUCAAGGUCAUUGUCAUCAAGAGUAGGAAGCAUUAGUGGAGAGGAUCAGCAAAGAAAGAGAGGAAUGGUUCUGCCUUUCCAACCCCUUUCUGUAACCUUCAAUAAAAUCAAAUAUGCAGUAGAUAUGCCACAGGAAAUGAAAGCCCAAGGUGAAACCGAAGACAGGUUAGAACUUCUGAAAGGAGUCAGUGGCGCUUUUAGACCAGGAGUUCUUACAGCUCUCAUGGGUAUCACUGGAGCUGGCAAGACCACCCUGAUGGAUGUGUUGGCGGGUAGGAAAACAGGUGGAUAUAUCGAGGGAAGCAUCACCAUAUCUGGGUACCCAAAGAAGCAAGGAACAUUCGCUCGCAUUGCGGGAUAUUGUGAGCAAACUGAUAUUCAUUCUCCUCAUGUUACAGUAUAUGAGUCCCUGCAAUUUUCUGCCUCACUUCGAUUGCCCCCUGAAGUCGAUCCUGCAAACAGAAAGAUGUUUGUUGAUGAGGUGAUGGAACUCAUGGAGCUAACCCCAUUAAGGGAAGCACUAGUUGGAUUGCCUGGCGUGAAUGGUCUUUCAACGGAGCAGCGCAAGAGGCUGACAAUUGCAGUCGAGCUUGUAGCCAACCCUUCCAUAAUAUUCAUGGAUGAACCAACUUCAGGACUUGAUGCCAGGGCAGCAGCUAUAGUGAUGAGAACAGUGAGAAACACAGUAGAUACUGGACGAACUGUGGUGUGCACCAUCCAUCAGCCAAGCAUCGACAUAUUUGAUGCUUUCGAUGAGUUGCUUCUUUUGAAAAGAGGGGGCGAAGAAAUAUAUUUCGGUCCAUUAGGCCGGCUUUCUUGCCAUCUCAUUGAGUACUUUGAGGGAAUCAAUGGAGUCAGUGAAAUUAAAGAUGGAUAUAAUCCGGCAACCUGGAUGCUGGAGGUGACUUCAGCGGCUCAGGAAGCUGCUCUGGGGAUUGACUUUGCCGAUAUAUACAAGAACUCAGAACUAUGCAGGAGAAGCAAAGAGUUGAUUAAUGAACUUAGCGUACCAGCUCCAGGCUCGAAAGAUCUGCACUUCCCUACUAAAUACUCGCAGCCUUUCUUCGGGCAAUGCAUGACUUGUCUGUGGAAACAACACUUGUCAUAUUGGCGAAAUCCACCAUACACUGCAGUGAGACUCUUGUUCAGCACUUUCAUAGCUGGAAUGUUUGGAACAAUAUUCUGGGAUCUUGGCUCCCAAAGAAAAAGGAAGCAAGAUUUUUUCAAUGCUGUGGGGUCUAUGUAUGCUGCCAUACUAUUUGUGGGAGCACAAAAUGCCACCUCAGUGCAGCCAGUCAUAGCGAUUGAGAGAACAGUCUUCUACAGGGAAAGAGCAGCUGGCAUGUACUCGGCUUUGUCAUAUGCCUUUGGACAGUUUGUGAUCGAGCUGCCGCACAUACUUUUCCAAACUGUCGUCUACGGUGUGAUAGUGUAUGCCAUGAUCGGAUUUGAGUGGACAGCUGCCAAGUUCCUUUGGUACCUCUUCUUCAUGUACUUCACCCUAUUAUACUUCACGCUCUAUGGAAUGAUGACAGUUGCAGCCACUCCCAACCAAAACAUUGCUGCCAUAGUUUCGACUGCCUUCUACAUGAUAUGGAACCUUUUCUCAGGAUUUGUCAUCCCCAAAACAAGAAUCCCAAUGUGGUGGAGAUGGUACUACUACAUUUGCCCCAUUUCUUGGACUAUUUAUGGAUUAGUUGCUUCGCAAUAUGGAGACAUAAAGGAUAAGCUUGAAACUGGUGAAACAGUGCAGCAAUUUGUCAAGAGUUACUAUGGGUUUGAACAUGACUUUGUGGGUUUGGUGGCAGCCAUUAUUGUUGGAAUAACCGUGCUUUUUGGUUUCAUCUUUGCCUUUUCAAUCAAGGCUUUCAACUUCCAGAAAAGAUAGAUAGCAGUUUCGUAUAAUUUUUAGCUCAUCAUAAUUGUACUGGACCCUUUAUGAUCCCAUGCUAGUUCAUGUCUUAUAUAAUUAGUGUGUAACAUAAAUUUUUUAUGGGUUUGAUACCUUAUUUAGGCA